AUGUCCUACCGCAAAUACACCCACCUCGAUCCCCUACCCACCACCUUCGACACGAGCUCGACUCUCCCCGAGGGAACGAACCCCGACGGCAAAUCCCUCGCCAACGAUCAGACCAGAGCGAGUCAGAGUCCUUGGUAUGAGAAUUACGAUCAACCCUUUCUGGCGGAUGGGAGUAGGAGCGAUAACGUGUUCGAGUGAGUGAUAGCGGUCGGGAUCCGUCACCGGAAGGUCCGGCAUGCAUGUGGGGGCGGACUGCGCGCCGGGGGUGUCAGGCCGCGGCUGAGACUGAAUAUGCUAGGCUGGGACUGAGUUACGGCGAUUUGGGUGUUAUCAGCUUCCACAUCUAUUACAGCUUGGGCUCGAAGACUCAGGUACGUCCCAGCUUUUCGCGCGUUGGCUGCCAUUCGUAUGCAGUGGACUGGUGCGGCGGCUCUCGGGUUCCGCACGAUCCUCACUUCUCGCGUGCCCAGGCUGGCUAGUCAUCUGACUUGGCGCUACAGACAACGCACGAUCCCUCUUCUCGGAACACCCUCAUAAGGACGAGUCCACUUAUACUUGUCUAUCACUCUGCUCUCGAGCAGGUCGAACACGCGAAAAAAUUGCACGAACGCAUCCGCCGCGAGUUCCCCGAGUUUCGAAUCUACAAGUUCUGGGACAGGGCGGUGGGGUCAGUGCGAUCUACCUGGGGCAUGUCCUGUUGUUCGGAUCAACCCCACUGAAAUUCAGGUGAAAUCCUCCCUUUCAGCCCCCACCCGAUCGCCAUGUUUGAAGUCAACGUUUUUACGCCCGUCCAAGUCGGCGCUCUGUUGGGCUUUCUGGUCGCUUACCGAGGACCCUUGUCCGUACUGUGAGUCCCUAUGGAUCUCGUCCCCUUGGGUCUUCAGGUAAUUGAUUGGAGGAUGAGAACCUACAGGAUCCACCCCAACACGAGCGACGCUCUGAGAGACCACACCGAGCGAGCGACCUGGAUGGGCACUCCUAUUCCGCUCAUCACCGAAUUCCUCGAAGUGGAUCACUAA